GGAAACCCAUCUCUUGAAAGUGCCUCGUUUGUUUUUCCCAUCCUUAGCCUGUGGCGUUGCCCCAAAAAGAUUACGUAUGCAACUGUGUGGUGGAGAAAUUAGAGAAUAACGUGAUUAAACGGAGAUGGCCGCCGUUGCAACCUCCGCUUACGGCAGCUGUAUUCCCGCCAAUUUCCUCCAUUCCCCGCUAAAAAUAACCAACCAGAUUUCAUCCCCGCCGCCAUUGUACAUCUCCACAAACCCAUCCCACGUAAACCCAAGCCAUCUCCAGCACCUCUACGCUCUCUGCAACCACUCCUGCCACCGCUUCCCUAAGCUCGACUCCGAUUGCCGCGUAGAGCUUAUAGACGUCGGCAAACUCCGAACUGCUCUGUCCAAUAGCUCCGUUGUCGUAUCGGUCUUCACGAAACCCGAAUUAGCUAAUGAUUUAUCGUCCACUGCUGAAGUCGGGACAAGAUGGAUGGGCAUUGGUGGGAAUUGGAUUCAGCGAGUGAUGCCGGUGACUCCAGAUAACGGGAAGCUUGUGGGGUUUGGACGCGCUGUUUCUGAUUUAGGGCUAACUGCUUCCAUCUAUGAUGUCAUGGUGAUCCCUUCUCUCCAGGGUAGAGGAAUUGGGCGGAGGAUUGUUCAAAGAAUUAUAAGGUUGUAAUGGGACUAGAUAUUUUUAAGAUUCUAGGGUUCUAGGCAUUGCUUGGAAUUUGGGAAUCAUUAAGGAAAAUCAUUUGCUUAUAUUGUUUUGAAGGAGACGAAAGUUCAAUUAACAAGUAUAUGCGAGGAACUGUUCAGCUUUUACUGAUCGGUAAUAUUGAGUUAAUCAGCCAAGUGUAGUUUAAUUUUCUACCGUUAUUCAUUUUUGGCAUGUUGUAAUUGUGGUGUAGCAUCGAGGAAACAUUCUACCUAGUAUUACCUGCAGGUUUUUCUCUAUUCAUUUACCAUUUUGUGGGAAGGAUUGUUUGGGGUUGCUGACUGCAGAGCUAAGCAUAAUGGGAAAUACAUUUGCUACAUAAUGUGCUAGUUGUUCAAAAUUUUUGGUAGUCAAGCUCUGAAAGAUGUCUAAGCACUCCAAUAUUUCUUGCAGAAUGCUUACUGGCAAAGGGGUGUACGAUAUAUCCGCCCUUUGCUCUGAGAAAGAGGGGCUAUUCUUUAAAGCAUGUGGAUUUGGAGAAGAUAUUCUUGGUUCCACUACAAUGAUGUAUACUGGGACAUCUAGCUGUCCUGAUGCACAUCAGACUGCUAUAUAUGCUGGCAGAAAGCUACUUUUAAGUCCCCCAUCAAGACAAUAGUAGAGUUCGUAAUCUCUCUUUCCAUGACCGUGCAGAUGCAGAAUGCUCUGUUCUUCAGAUAAUUGGAUUGCAAUCUACGUAGAACUUCUAUUGACUGGCCUCAAAGUUGAAGGGUUCCAUAGGCACUCUAUUCCAUUUACUGAUUUACCGCACAGCACUCUUCAGGCAGUAAGUUAAUGGAGUAGGACUUUGUGCUCCUUGUGAGCACUGGGUUAAAGUGUUUCCCUUCUUUAGACCAGCUGAAAGGGAUGUGCUGCAUCGCCAAACAAUUUCAUGUACCAUUCUAACAGGCUUUUAAGUUGUUCAGUUAACAAGCCUUUUUUUUUUUUUUUUUGAUAAAUUGCCGCAUGAGUGGGCCAUCCAUCUAAUUUUCUUCCACUUUAUGCUGGACAAACUUUUGACUUUUGUUCUGAUUCCUCUCCUCUUGGUAUGGAUUUACGGGUCAUUUGCUCGACAAAAAGGUGACAGAGAUUUAGAAAGUCGUGAUGGAUAAGGAAUUCUCUUGGCCUGUGGGUAACAUUAGUCUGGAAUGGUACAAAGUUGUUAACUUUCUCUUUUCCUUAUCAACUCUUCUUUACAGAGUUGGAAGAACUUUUCAGAAAGCAACCUCUGUUGCCGUUCUGUCUUCGUUUCACGAUUGAAUCUUAGCUGUGAUGGGAAAACUAUGGGUUGAGGUCUGCCUGAUUUCUGCUAGGGGACUCCGGCGAACAUCUUCAGUGUGGAAGCGCCAGUGGUUUGCCGUUGGGUGGAUUGAUACUAACAACAAAUACUGCACCAGGAUAGAUGCUUCGGGAAAUGCUAAUCCAGUUUGGAAAACCAAAUUCUCGACAGGGGUUGAUCCUUCUGAACCUAACUUCCAAGAUAUGGCCCUCCACGUCGAGGUCUAUAGUAGAGAACCCGUCUUUCUUAGAGAAAGGCUCUUGGGAACGACAACGGUGAUUCUUAAGGAAUUUCUGGAGAAGUACUUGAAGAAUUCUGAGGUUCCAAAACCGGUGGAAGAAGUAGGAAGUUUUCAGCUGAGAAAGAAGAAUACAAACAAACCUCGAGGAUUUGUUGAUAUCUCAAUCCGAAUAUCAGAAGAAAGGGAAGAGUCUAGCUCAUACCAAGGUGAUGAGGAAGGAUUUAAGCUCAUGGAUAACAGCAUGGGAAUUAACUUGGAUAUUGGGCACGGACCCCUGCAUUCACAAUUUCCUGCACCCUCACCGCUGCAGCCAGGAAGUCAGCCGCAGACAAGCAGCCAGUAUGCCCAUCCACUUCCAUUUCCUCGGAAUUAUCCCAAUAUACCAACGGGUCCAAGCUAUGCACCAGCCGGGGGAACAAGCUAUCAACCACCAAGAGCUCCACCCCUACCCCCACCCCCACCACCCUCAAAUGUCGGCUAUAUACAUACCUCUCUACCGAGGACAGAUGAUUUGCGGCCUAGUUACAUGAACAUGCCAUCAUCUGGACCAGCACCUGGACGCAGCAGCAGCAGGGGACCUGGUAUUGGGGUGGGACUAGGUGCUGGAGCAUUAGCUGCUGGAGCGGUGAUCUUUGGGGAUGAUUUUAUGUCAGGUUUUGAUUUUCCACGCAAUUUACAAGAUGCUAGCCUCACAAUAUCAACUGAUCCUCCUUUCUGAAUAUGCGUAGAACAUAAUCUGCUGUUGUAUGGCGAGGGACAUUAUUGUUGUUUUAAAUCAUUUCAGCCUUCAACAA